AUGCUACCAUUAACGUUACUUCGUACAGCUGUUUACCAUCCAAUGGUCUUUGAAUUAAAAAAUGGCGAAACUUAUAAUGGCCAUCUACAAAGUUGUGAUAAUUUUAUGAACAUUCAUCUGCGAGACGUUAUUUGUACAUCACGUGAUGGAGAUCGAUUUUGGAAAAUUCCUGAAUGUUAUAUACGUGGAAAUACAAUUAAAUAUUUGAGAUUACCCGAAGAAGUGAUUAAUAUGGUUAAAGAAGAUUCAGUUGAAAAACAAAAUAAAGGAUCAAGAGGCAAUGAGAGAGGUGGUCGAGGUGGAUCACAACAAAGAGGUGGUGGUGGUGGAAGAGGAAAUCGCGGAGGAGGUGGUGGACGGGGGAAUUUUGCUGGACGAGGUGGUAGUGGACGAGGUGGUCAUAGAAAUUCGUCAAAUCGCGGUGGUGGUGUAUUUAACAGUUAA